UGGAGCGGCCACAGGCGCUGCGGCUCGCUCCCUGAGGCUCUGGUUCACUUCAGGAUGAGACGGCCCUGUGGCACUCUGAGCCGGGAUUAACAAGCAGGGAGCAGUUUGUCCCGACAGCCGCUCGCCUGAAGUUGCAGCCUGAGCAGCAAAACACAAGCAACACAGACUUCCUCUUCAGGAGUCUGAAAUGCUGAUGGAAGUCGGCUACAGUAACGGGCUGGAGCCUGACCUUUCCCAGCAAUAUCCUCCGCCCUUGCUGCCAAAACCAGGCAAAGACAACGCAAAGCUCCAGAAACUCAAGAAGAAGAGAGCCAAGAAAAAAGGCAGCCUCUCUCAGACGCCCGUCCCCUUUCGCUCCUGUCUGUCGCCGGUCAACGAAGCGAGCACAGACCUCGAGCACAGUGACCAGUCCAGUCCACCUAGGUCACCAGAUUCAGUCUUAAUUGGAGACUCCUCGCUGUCCAGUUUCCCCUUUGACUCCCUUUAUGAUCACUCCUCAUCUACAUAUCCUCAUGCUCAGAGCAGCCCCUAUGGCCAAACCGGCAGCUUCUCCCCUAAGUCCUACACAGCUCAGACCAGGGCUUCUGAAGAGCAGGUGGCUCCACUGUACGAGUGCUCCUCUUUUUUAUUCGAUGACGCCACUCCUUUAAUGAUGCCACCUUCGGCUUCACCACCCACAUCACCACCUGAGCAGGUCCCGGUGCCACCUUCUGCUUUCAAUUUAAACAUGACACCAAGUUCCCAUGGGUCAGUCACAACAGUCCCUGCUGUCACUGCGCUGCAGUCCAGCCCCAAAAUAUCAACUCACAGCCUGACCCUGUCCCCAGCCGCCCCCAACUGUGGCCAAGGCCCGGCACCUUCUCGAGUUGCAGACCUACCUCCUGUUCCGGUGUUGCUAUCACUUUCAAACACCCAGACGCAACCUGUUGUUCCCAGCCAGAGGGAGACAAACGCCAAUUUAAAGGACAGCCCUCAGAGCCAGAUGUCGUCUCGGAUCACCAGAUCUACCAGUAAUGGCCACUUUGCUGCAAGCCAGAUGCCCGCUGAGAUAACUGCCUCAAAGAUAUCACUUGUUGAAGCAGCGAAAGAGUCGAGAUCUGACGCCCAACAAACCAGGAUUUAUACAUCAAAGGCAACAUUUUAUGAGAUCUCAAAACCUCCCUCCAUCCAGGACCUCACAGUAAUAAACCCAACCUACCAUGGAUCAGCAUUAUCUGCCACAUACAGGGACAAAACAGCUGUUUCAGUGAUGAAAAGUGAUCAGAAACUGUCUGUAUCCAGGACCCUAAGUGGAAGACCUAGGACCCCCUCUUGCAGACCAUCUCAAGUAUCCACACCCACUUUUGAAAUAUCCAAACCUAACCCACUUCUAUUUGCCACAAGUCCUGCUUUCAACUGCUCCCAGGAUUUACAAGCUCCUGCUAUUCCUAACGAGAUGCCACAACACAAAUUAGCAAUUCAAACUAGCGGUAUAAGUAAACCUCCUGCUGCCACAGAAGAACUGAAGCGAACUGAUAUUAAUCAAACAACUUCCAUCAAACAAACCAGCAAUUACAAAGAGAGAGAGAUUCAACAUACUCAAAAGAGUUCAAUAAAUUUAAGUGUUGCCAAUACGGAACUUUACCCCAGAGAGAAUAUAGCGUCAAGUAUCACCGCACCUGAAUCUGCUGGGGUCAAACCAACACUGAUGGAACCUGUCACCCAAAUGCUAAAAACAGACCAAGCUGCAGGAAGUGAAGCUUCAUCUUUGCCAAACGUUCCAUCAUUUCUGUCUGUACAAAACAGUUUCAAACCUACACCAGUGAUUUCAUUGCAGGCACCAACAAGUCCAAGCCUCCUUUCGUCUGCUAAUCGUCCUCCUGUGUUCGAGGCACGCAUGUCCUUGACAUCACUAUUGGAGAAUCAAAUGACGUUAGCAUCCUCAAAGCCCAAAUCUCGUUCAACAUAUUAUGGGCUUACUCCAUCCGAGUAUGCUGCUUAUGGUGGGAUUAGGACGUUGGCAUCACAUCACAGCCCUGUACCCAGCAGAGUAAAUGAAACCUCUUCAAACAAAGCACAGUCGGAAGCAACUGUAGAUGGAUCACACAUCUCUAAGCCUGAGGCAACCAAACAACUCAAUGGACAUCAAGAUCUUCUCUUUUCAGUGGAGGUUUCUGCUGCUCACAGUUUGAAACCUAUGUCGUCUCAAAAGGAUUCACAGUGUCCAGCUUCACUGAUGGCCACAUGUAGCAAAGAUCUGUUUGAGGAAAGUCACUCUGAAGCUCAUAGUAUUGGAAUACAAUCACUUAAAACGCCCAGUGUGGACACGAUAAAACCUGAAAUUCCUCUUGGCUUGGCACAGAUAACAAUGCAACAAUCCACAAGUGAUGUAUCAACACCAAAAGCCUCACACUCUGAGGCUGCAAUACCUAAAGCAGGUGAGGUACACGCACAAAGUGCAGCACUAUAUUCUAUAGAGAAAACACUAUGUACAACUCCAUGCCUAACUGAUAGCAGUAGUCUGUUUAGUUCUUCCUCACACAUAAGGAAAGUAGAUUUAAGUGUAAAAACACAACAUAGUGGAAAGGGGAAAGAUGCCAUAGAGAAUCUUGAGAAAAUAGCUACAAUAAGUAAAUACAAGAUCACAAAUGCAAAACAACAGUCAGGAAAUAUAGAGAAUGUAGUAGUUCAAUCUUACCCAACUGCUGAUAGAGUCAGUCCGUCAACAGCCAGCAGAUUCAAUGUUCAACUCACUGCCAAGCCUGACCAUAAAAACAAUAUUGUUCAAUCUCUUGCCACAGAGAAAAAGCCCCAAUUCUCUGGGAGUGCCACCAUAAAUGGUGCCAUCUUAGGGUUAACACAAGCCACCAAACUGGUUUCAGAAACACCACUGCCCAGUAAUGUGGCUACUGAAAACGUCUCACCCAAAAAAAGGGAAGAAGUUAACCAGCAAAUCAAGGCAAACAGUGAGGAUAUUGUACCCAAGACGACAAACAUAGGGAACAUUUUGCCUUCUGUGGCUGCUAAUACAGAGUGUAACGAAACAAGCACCUCGCCCCAGUUCUCAAAAAUAGUCUCUAAAGAGCCAUUUGCUGCUACCACAGGAUCCAUGCUGCCACAUGAGCCUGUUACGGCUUCUGUAUGUUCUUCACAGUCCAACAACUGCACAGUAUCUGCAGCUGAGCAAAGCACCAAAUUUAUACAGCAACUCAGUGCGAAAACUCAAACUCUCAGUUAUAGUCAAACGUUAGAAAACAAGAUUCAUUUUCACAAAGCAGGUCUCUCUUUGAAAUCGUCUCAAGCACCAACUAUACUAAACCCAUCUCCCGUAGAUAAUACAUUUUUGGGUAAACCUACCACAGAAACUAAACUCCCAGGCCUAUCCAUCAUUGCAGCCAAAUUGCCCAAUAUUUCAGACAUUAAAUCCCCUUUAGAGACAGACUUGACAAAAGAUCCCCAAAAGCCAAUCAAAAUUGGUGAAGAUGUCCUAGUUAACACAUCGAGUAUCGUGGGAUCCAGUAGCCAAGUUAAAGUUGGUCAAGGAGCGAAUUUCUGCGCAAACUCAAGCAAAACUACAGUAGAGAUUAUACAAGCCAAUGAAACCACUCUUCAAACUCCUGCUAAAAAUGCAAAACUCUCUAGCCCAGCAAAUAUAAAAGACAAACCUUCAACUUAUAUUAAAAGUAAAAGAGCCAGCAGCUCAUCACUAGACACAGAACAGUAUAGACAACUCAUCGAUGAAAAAGAAGGUUUACUUACAGGGAAAAUACAAGCGCAACAUCUUCCCACUAAACAUAUUAGAGCCGGAAACAUUAAAUCAAAACCUCAUCCUAAUCUUUCAAAGGGAAAUGUAACACAGACCAAACCAAGCAUUGAAACCAAACUGUCCAACAAUCAAGGAUUACCAACAGACAUCAAGUUUUCCACAGAUGUGGUCUCACCUGGACAACCAGGAAUUGUAGAAGCUGUCCAUCACAAACGAUCUGCUGCUGAAACUGUAAAUUCAAACAAAUCCAGUUUGGAAAGCAAUUCUCUCAGUAUUCCUGGUACUGAAACCAAAAUAACCUCAAAACCUCACACAGAAACUAUUCUACCAAUCGUAACAGAUCCAGCAGUCAGCAGUAAACCAACAUUUAAUACUGGGCAGGUCAGGUGCAUCCCACCAAAAAGCCCUCAGCUUAGAUCAGAGAGACCUGAUAGUCAAUCCACAACAGAAAUACCCAUUGAUGCAAAAUCUCCCUCUGAUUCUAUUGCCCAAACAAGAGUUUACCCAAACUCAGAAGCAGAUAAACAGAUUACCAACCUUCUUGCUGAGCAAGAACUAUCUGCACUAUCUGCACCUCAAUUUGCCUCUAAAGCUGUUGUAAUAGAACAAUCCCCUUCCCCUCAGCCAAUCAUUGACCAUAAAUAUUUAGCAAGUCUCACUACAAAAUCUAAACACUCUGUAACAUCCAGAACAGAAGCAACAACUUCCAUUUCCCAUGGUAAUAUAACAGCUAACAUAUCAAAUGUCAUUUUUGAACAGCAAACCAUUAGAAGGCCAGGACAUAUCAUGCUAUCUGGUGGUAAUGUUCAAACCAAAAAUGUAGUGAGCUCUCAGACUGGAGUGAAACAGUUUAGGCAAUCUGUCACUGAAACAAAUAAAUCUUACACUCACACUGUAAAUACUCAACCCAUCAUACAGCCUGCUUUAAGUCAUUUCGGUGCCACAAAUAUUCGGCCCCUUAGUGAAGUCAAAAGGGAUUUCAAAGCCCCACUUAGCCCCCCUACAGUAAAUAGACCUUGGAUUGAAACAAGAGCUUCCCCUCUACCUGAGCCAAGAGCGUGUCGUACACCUAUACGUACAUAUACUCCAACCUUACUCCCAUGCCCUCAAUCUCCUGUCUCUUUAAACAACACUACAGAAACGAGACCCUCAUCAGUUCUUAUGAAAGAGCAGAAAACCCCUCCAAUUAUACCUCUUCAAAAUAAUACACCUACAAGCACUGUUCAGUCUUCUGCUAAGUCAUUUGCAGACAAUUUGUCAAAACCAGAAAUAAAACCACCCAAGGACACUUCAGUACCUGAGGUCAAAGUAAAUCCCAAAACACAACAGGCAAAAUCAGACAUAGCAUCAAAUUUGAGUAAGGAUGGAGAAUUCUCACAGAAAAUUGAAACUAGUGCUCCCAUCCAUUCUACAGAUCCGGGUUUAACCAGUAAACCUACUCUAAAAUCAAAACUUCCCACUAAGCAGGUAGAGUCAAGACCUUCAUCUGCCACUGUAGAAACAAAACCCUCAGUUCAAAAAACAGACUCUUCAAAGUCUCCUCCUGAUCUGGCCCAGAUUAACUCGCACAGCAGUAAUGUUCUGUCUUCGACAGAGCAACCGGUGCACAACUUUUCCCCUGCAAAGCCAGCAACAGAUACUGUGAUGAAACCACCCAUAGUUAAAGCUGCUGUGAUUGACUCUGCCACUCCUGCCUCUCUGCCUCAGGCCUCAGUCUCAGUCAAAGCUCCAUCCCCAAACAGAGGAACGUCACCGUCAUCUCAGCAAAAAGCUGGACUCAAAGACAAGGGCGUUCUGAAGACCAAAACUACACCUGCACCGACGAAACCCCCGGCAGCCGAACCCUCCACGAAGUCAACGACAUCAACUGCAUCUUCAACUUCUGACAAGAAGGUAGCAGCAGAGACAUCCCCCUCAUCUGACGAGCCAAAGGCAGCCCAGAAGCCAAAAGGCCUUAAGGGGAAGCUCAGCGGAUGGACACGUCUCAAGAAACACAUGGUUGUUGAGCCAGAUGAACCCACGUUUCCUGAGCCUGAGGCCAAAUCUCAGGUCGAUGACUGUGGCAGCAACGAGAAAACAGAUCACGGUGGUAGUGAUAUGUCUUCGGCAGACCAAUGUGCCAAUCAGGAUGUGGUUAAGAACACAGACGCUCCCAGGGCGUUGAAAAUGUGGGACGCCCUCCUCUUUCAGAUGUUCUCCACAAAAGAGCGAAUAAUGGAACAGGUCAAAACCACCAAGAAUGAUUCGGAAAAGAAAAAGGCCCCUAAAGACAAUCAGGCAGAAGCUCCCUCCUUUGUCAGUCGCCUGCCGAUUUUACUCUACAGCCCCCGAUUUGAUGCCAGGAAGCUGAAAGAGGCGGCGGAGAAGCCGCUCACGAAAAUAGCAGCUGUGUUUGAGAAGGGGCUGAUAAAACGCAAAUCUCAGGAGGACGAACAAAAGGACUUCAACAGAACAGCCAGAGGAUUCGGUUCAAGGAAAACUAAAAAAAUAUAACAGGAACUGAUCUACAAGUACACUUGGAAGUGAUAAAUAAUAACUUCCUUGGGCAAUUUGUCAAAAGAUUGAAAUAUGCAAUGAUAGUGAGAGCUUCAUUAAAAAAUAAUCAUAUUUAGAGAAUUGGGGGGGGUUGAUAAAAAAACAAACAUUGAAAAUCGGAGUUUUACCAAUUAAGGCUGCAGUGACAAGGUAGAUUAUUAGUGGGAAAAAUAAAUCAAAUGUGUUUUUGAUAAAUGGUUAAUCAACAAAGCAAGGAAAAAUUUCACUAAACCAAAAAUCCUCCCUACGUAAAAUCAUACAGUAUAUUUUGUGAUAUUCUCAUCAGUUGAAAACUUUAAGACGUAAAAAUAUUACAACAGCUGUAAUACAGGGGUGGCGUCUUUGCACUUGAAUGUAAUAAGAAAAGACAACGAGAGCAAAGAACUCCAUUUGGUUGGAUUUUUGGAUGUCGGUUGGAUGUCGUGUUGAAUGCAUGAAUUGUAGAUACGUUGAUAGUUGCAAAGACGGUUUCAUUUGCUGUACCUUUUUCUAUUUUUUCUAAACAAAGUGGGGCUUCUUUUAGUGUUACACCGCUGGUAGGCAGUCUUUAAUCUCUGUAAUAAAUAGGGCUUUUACAUUCCUGGAAUAACAGGGCAGAUGGGUUUUGAAAGAAGGAAAACAGAUGGGUGAAGGAUUAACGUCUAGUCAGAACAGAUUUGGGUUUGUGUAAGUGAGGUAUGGAUAGAAGAGAAUCCGGUGGGACCUGUCCGAGCCGUCGAUCAGGGAAGGAAACUACAACAACAGAGGCUGGUUAGUGUGGUACCUAAAGCAUCUUCUGGUGUCAAUACAUGUGAUUGUACAGUCCUUUGUUUUUUCUUCUUCUAGUUCCUCUAGGGUUUGCUCAUUUGUUCUUCAGCCACUUACGUCUUUGGGUGAAACAAAACGGACACUUCCGAUAGCGCCUGAAUACCAGAUAAAGUCUGUACAAGACUUGUUCUAAAGAUUUUGUUGAUCUCCUGACUUUCUAGCAUCUGGCUGUGGGACUGUACAAAAAAAAAAUUCAAACACAUCAUAACAUUGUAAACUGCCCUAAUACAUCUCAGAAUCAAAUCGUUUGUCGUCACAUGACGGGUGAAAACUCGCUAAAGAAAGUAUCUUGAGAUUAAAGGGCAUUUUUAGGCUUUACUGGAAUAUGUCUUCAAAAAGUCAUGGGUAUGUAAGUGUAAGGCUGUUUUCCUUCGUUUCCAGACAAGUAGAAAUGAAUUGUUUCCAUCCAACAAUAUGACCACACAGUGACCAGCAUUGUUGUAGUUUCCUGCUUAGGGAUGGCUCGGACAGGCCGUGAACAAUGUCGAGUAAGCAUUGUUAUUGAGAAGUGAAUACCAAUGGAUCAUGAUGGAUAUGGUGAAGUGGCCUCCUGUAGGACAGACUCAAGGAAAUGGAGUGACAGCUGGAGAAAGAGGGCAGAUAUUAUAAGUGGUAUGGGAUUUUUCAUGGCUUUGGAGGAUUUUGCUGCUGCCGUAGCAGGUAUUAGCAUGUUGCUAUAGAGGUUAUUUUGACCCUUAUUUUUGUCUCUGUAUUGGAUAUUUAAAAGAAUAAUGUGUUGUUUUUCAUAAGAUUACCACCAUGACGUGGAAUUUAUUUUAGGUAAGGGAGACUUUACCCCUAUAAGCUAACUAUGGCCCCAUUUAUUACAUUGAUGCUAAAACUAUGAGAUGUUUUUGUUUACUGUGUGACUUAAAAAAUGUAUAAAGCUGAAUGUGAAA